AUAAAGCAAUGGUCAACUGAGCUCUCAGUGAAGGCCCCUCCUGGUGAGAUGAAGUCUGUCUUCUUCAGCCUUUCUCUGCUCCUCCUUCUGGAGAAGCAAGCAGCUGGGAUAGGAAUCUAUGGUGAGACAAAAGGACACUUUCUAGUAAAAACAUCCCCAGUUGUAUAUUUCCAGAAAGACCAUUUCCAGUAUGGGUCCAGAAGAGCACAGGAGGAUGGUACUGAAGAAAGCAGUUUUGAGCAAACUAAGCACCGUGUGUAUGGCCAGGAUGCUGAUGCUGACCUGGGAGAGACUCAGAGUUCACAGCAACAGACAGGUGUAAGCGAAGACAUAGUUUGUGAUGAAGAAGACGAGAUUAGCCAACAAAAAUCCCGACUUCAGUCCCAUUCACAAAUAAAAUCCCAAACACAACUAAAAUCCCAUGUAGCCCAGGUGAAGUCCCAAACAGGCCAGCUAAAGACCCUAGGCCAGGUGAAAUCACAAAUCAAGAUGAAAUCCCACAGAGCCCCUCUGAAAUCCUCCCGGGCAUCACAAACUCUCCAGGAAGCCUUUCCUCAGCAAACCAAGGGCAAAGCACAUGCCCUGGAUGAAGACCAGGCCCAAGUGCGUCAGCAGCAUAAAAUGGUUCACAGGCUCAAAAGCAAGCUUGGCUGGGCCAGGAGAACAGCAGAGUUCCUUCCGUAUUUCAGACAGCACUUCCAAGGCUAUGAUGGGUAUUUUGUGCAGUUUCAAGGGCAACUGCAGGGUGGAAUUCAUCACACAAAGCCUUUCCACCAAGCUCAACAGACGUGCUACUGUCCAAACGGAGAGUUAAUCCUGUAUCAAGAUGCCUUCACAGAGUAACACAUUCCUUAUCGGUCAAGGCCAGGACACAUUUAGAGGAGUUGCCUGACCUGUGUGGACCGUGAUGUCUUCAAGAUGCCGACUCCCCUGCCGUCCUAGAUGCUCUUGAUCCACUCACACUGCUGCUCCUGAGGCUUUCUUACCUGGGCGCAUGCUCACACCAAUGCUCGCUAAUAAAGACAUCCUAUCUGACUUCAUUUGCUUUUUCAAAAACACAUAUUUUCGACUGAAAUAAAAUUUUAUCAUUUUCCCCUCCCCCUUUCUCUCCAUCCCCUCCCAGAUACCCUCCUUCCAAUCUCCCAUGUCUCCCAAACUCUCAAGUUGAUAUCAUAUUUAUAUUUGAUUACUGUUUUGAGUAUGCAUAUAUGCUC